AUGGCCUCAGAAGCAACGACAGAUAGCGUGCCAUUGACAGCCGACGGAGCAGCCGAAGCAUCAACUUCGGCGCUUCCGAACGGGUCAUCAACAGCUGCUCCCGGUGCGGAAGGGCCGACAAUCGCGCUCUUUAAUCCCCUGUAUGGCGCCAAGGACAGCUUGCAUCAUCAAUCAGAGAAUACAGCACAGCUGCAUCCGCUCAACUCGUCCCUGCAAUCAAUCUACUCGGCGUCAAGCGCAGAUGGAAGACUGUCGCGCGAUCAAUAUCGUCAGCUCAUCGCUCAGAUCCGACAUUCCGUAUCACAAUUUGCCGCAACCAAUCCCGCUCUGCAGCCACAGCCACCGUCGACACAGAAUUCUGCCGAUGCCAGUAUAGCAAAUCAGAUGCGCCGCUACAUCUCGUUGCUCACCGAGACGUCGACACAUACCGCUGCCCUGGCGCAUUCGGUCGCUCCGAUCAAGACAGCCAAAGCCGAUUGGAAGGAUGCAGCGAGUUACACAGCAACUUCAGCACCUUUCCCACCACAGCUCCAAGCGGGCGUGUUCCGUACUGGAUCCUCCGACAAGUCUGUCUCCAGCUGGACCUGUGCUGUUGAGACGCUCGCCGCUUUGUGCCAAACACUCGAGAACGCGGCCAAAGCACUAGGCCUUGAAACAUUUUCAGAGCCUUCCUCGGAAGCGGCUGAAGUGCGGUCCGACUCGACAUCUAGCAGCACUCCAACGCACUCACUUACAUUGGGAGCCAAGAUUCUUGUCAUUGACAUCGAGCUGCACAUCCUCAACAUAGGAGAGGCUCGAGGGCUGAGUCCAAAGGCAAAGUUGAAGAUCUCUUACGCGAACGACUCUGCCGAUUCACAUCAAGCUCGCGACCCUCGUCUAGGUGCUAUCCUGGAGCGUGAUGUUCAGCUCAUCGCCGAUCAUCUGUUUGGCUCGGCCAGUUCAGACUCGCCUCAACAAGGCAGAAUCGACGUCGCUCGAGCUCUGACCAACUGGACCGACAACCUCAAGGAUUUGUUGCUCUUGGAUGAUCUCGAGGCUGCGGCGAGUCAAGCUGCGUCGUCAGAGUCCAGGUCGACGGAUCUGUUUGCGGCUAUGCAAGAUCUUUGCUCUGCUGCUGUGCGUGUAGCUGACGCCGAAGCAUCGUCCUCAAUCUCGGCAGCGGCCUUGCUCGAUCGUGGUCACGGACAUCACAAGCUGCACGGGAAGACACCAUUCCUGCAAUGCAUCUACGCGCACGAUCCCACUUCGCAACAGGAUUACACCUUGUCGCUUGGGAUACAGGCCCUAGACUUGCCCGUCGCUGAUCAGGUUGCUACGGAUACGCAAACACCUUCGUUCCCACUGUCUCAAUCAGCACACGAUAUAUUGACCUCGUACGCCGCCUCCGAUCGCUUAAAUUCUCUCGGCUCUGUUCCGUCUGCGGCAAAUCCCGAGAAGCGCAUCCCUUUGCACUUCGUGGUCCGGUUAUCGCCUCCUGCCAUCGUCACGAGGCCCACAGCUGCCAAGCUCGCCUUCAUCUGCAACCUCAAGCACCUUUCGCCUCACAACACCAACCCCGUCGCCCCAGGCGGAGACUCCACGAGUGCAACCUGGUUCGAAGACGUUCUCGCUUCGUCUUGGUCUCGCCGUCCUUCACAGCCCGAAGAGAACGCACGCAGGUCAACGAGAUGCACUUUUACACUUGCACAGACAGUUGAGAGCGUUCGCAGCACCCAGUCCCAAGGGCUGGUCAUUGACACACUCCCGCUUCUGAGUGCUCCAUUGUCGUCGCCAGAUGCCAUGGACGAUGGUAGUGCAUCCCAGGCUAGUGCUUCGCCUUUGACCAGACUCUUUGCUGCCAUCGAAGUGCUGCGAGAUGAAGUCAAGGUGACUGAGCUUAUGCAUUCGGCCAUUGCUUCGAGUGAGAGCGCUGCAGAAUUCGCAGGUAGCAGUCAGGACCAAGCGGAUGAUGUCUCACUGGACGACCUUCUCGCGUCAGCCGGAAGCGAAGAUUCUGGGAAGAUCGCCGUCACAAUCGCGUUCCGAACUCCAGUUCAGGGCGCGAUCGACGAAGCGCAACGAAAUCUCAGCCUGCAACUCGCCUUCCGCGUGAUUUCGGAUGCUGGCGCGACAGUGACAUUUGAUGCCUGCAUUUCGCCAUCCAAGACCUCCUCCGAGCUCGGCUGGUUGCUAUCUGCCGUGGCGAGGUCGGAAGCGUCGGCAAGCACCGGAAGCAACGAGGUUCACCUCGACAACUCUUCGUCAGAAGCGCAGUCGAUCGUUGCCAAGCUCGUCGAUUUCGAGUCGCUCGAGGACGUGGUGAUCGGUAUCAUCGACUGGGCUGAAAAGCAGCUCGGCUUGCAACUGAAGAAGCCAUCGGCAGCCUCCGCGAAGUUCGAUGCGCUUUCCUACGAGCAGCAAAAUGUACAUGCGAUCUACGAAACGAUCGCACCCCACUUCUCCAACACGCGUUACAAGCCUUGGCCUUUGAUACCCGCCUUCCUCAACACGAUACCUCAGGGCAGCCUAGGCGCAGAUCUCGGUUGUGGGAAUGGCAAGUACCUACCGAUCCGAUCGACGCUCGCUCUUCCAUCCGCGGCGACCGACUCGGAUUCGAAGCGUCAGGACAGCUUAUUGACGAUCGGCGUUGAUCGUUCGUCCAACCUGAUCAGUCUGGCGCAACACAACUUCGGCACGACCUCGAACGAUGAUGCCACCAAAUCCCUAUCCAGCGUCGCCGGGCGACGUCAAGAGGUGGCUGUGGGGGAUGCGAUCCGCUCAUCGCUGCGCAGCGCUCUCUUCGAUUACGCCAUCAGCAUCGCCACCAUCCACCACUUUUCCACGUGGGAGCGAAGACGUGCUUCUGUGCAGGAGAUGAUUCGACUCAUCGCACCCGUGUACUCUGUCACGACUCUGCAUCCAUCCGUCGUCUCGACGGAUCAAGAUCCUCGCAUGGAAGGCGGGGUGGGCAGUGGAAGGUUCAUGAUCUUCGUCUGGGCUCUCGAGCAGAAAGAUGAAGGCAAACGACAGUUUCAAGCCGACGAUCCGAAAUCGCUUGGUGAGAAGCGAGAGAUUCACGAUCCGAAUCAUGAAAAGAGCAAGGAUCGUUUGGUAUCCUACAGUGGGUUGCAGAACGUGCUUGGUACGGAAGCGGACGCAAAGGUGACUGAUGAUCAGGACGUACUCGUUCCAUGGGUGUUGACGACGGCAAAUGCCAAGAAGAAACCGAAAGAACGCAAAAGCGGCAAGGGUAGGAAGAAGGACCAGGCCAUCGAAGAGGGAAUGUCAGGCUUGAACAUCACCCCCGAUGCAGGACAGGCAGAGCACGCGGAGAAGCCAGAGGAGGACAGUGCGAGACCAGUGUACAACAGGUACUACCACAUGUUCCGUUCCGGCGAGCUCGAAGCUCUGGUCGAAGAUGCAGCGAGGACGAUGCCUGCAGUGCAUCGACGUGAUGGCAAGGUGGAGGAAGUCGAGGUGAGGGAAACCAGUCCCUUCGAUGACGAUGACGAACAGCAAAUGAUGUGA